AUGGCAACGGGCGCCCCGAGCGAGCCCCGGAGGCCUGGCGGAGCCGCGGCCGGGCCCGCACCCGGAGCGGCGGGAGGGGCGGGGAGCGGCGGCCGCGCCGGGCCCCUCCCACCCCGCCCUCGGCGCCCCCGCCCCUCCAGGAAGGGGAGGAGGCGAGGGGAGCCCGCCGCGGAGGCCGAGCGAGCCCCCCGCCCAGCCCGGCGACUGGGGACCCCGGCACCUGAGGUGGACGCCCCCCGGGAGCCCUCGGGUGCGGAGCCGGGCGCGAAGCAUGCUGUCUGCUUGGUGACCCCCCUGCCUUUUUUCUGGUCCGCUUGGUGCCUCAGUCUCCAAUUCCGUGACUCCCGUCUGUGUGUCUCCUGCUUGUCUCCCUGCCCUCGGUCUUGAGUCAGAGCACCAGCUUUGGGGACCC